AUGGACAUUGGUAUGGGAGAGACUCAAGUUCGAGUCGGUGUUGAAUCAUUUAGUGACUUUGCUCAUGUCAAACUGACAAUGAGGAAUAGUACAAACAAGACAAAUCUUGAGAAGAAAGUUGAAACCCUUUCUCGUGAUAAUGCUCCAUGGACCAACACGGGAGACGCUCUUAGAACAUUAUUAUCCACUAUGUUCAAGGAAGAACAUGGUUCAAGACCCAAUGUGAAACAUGUGGCUAUUCUUUUAACAGAUGGUAACUCUCAAGACAAAGAAGCAACACUACAUGCUGCAGAUGCAUGUCAUGAUGCUAACAUUAAAGUUUUUGCCAUUGCAAUUGGAGACUAUAUUGACCAUAGAGAAGUGAAAGCAAUUGCUAGUAAUCCCAAGGCCAAGUAUUACUUUAAAACAAAAAAUUUUGACACUUUAAAUGAAAUUCUUGACAAUUUAAUCGGGCGAUCAUGCAAAGAUGAAAAACCAGAAUGCCCAGAACAUCCAAUAGAUCUUGUGUUUAUUCUGGAUGAUUCAAACACUAUCUGGGAUAAACUCUUCCAGAAGCAAUUAAAUUUUGUCAAUAACUUUAUUGAUCUGAUGAAUGUUGGAAUGGGAGUAAAUCAGGUUCGAGUUGGUGUUGAAACAUUUAGUGAAUUUGCUCAUGCAAAAGUGACUAUGGGAAACAGUAUAGACAAAGCAAGUCUUAAAAAGAGAAUUAGAGCCAUUUCCCGAGAGAAUGCUCCAUGGACCAACACGGGAGACGCUCUUAGAAAAUUAUUAUCCACUAUGUUCAAGGAAGAACAUGGUUCAAGACCCAAUGUGAAACGUGUGGCUAUUCUUUUAACAGAUGGUAACUCUCAGAACAAAGAAGCAACCCUACAGGCUGCAGAUGCAUGUCAUGAUGCUAACAUUAAAGUUUUUGCCGUUGCAAUUGGAGACAACAUUGACUAUACAGAGGUAAAAGCAAUUGCCAGUGAUCCUAAGGCCAGGUUCUACUUUCAAAUACCCGAUUUUGAUGCUUUAGAUAAAAUUAGUAACAGUUUAAUACACCGGACAUGCAAAGAAGUAAAACCACCUUUAAAUUGCCAAGGAAAUCCAGUAGAUAUUGUCUUUGUGCUGGAUGGAUCGAACAGUAUUGAGGAUCCACAUUUCGAGCAGGAAUUAAAUUUUACGAGUAACUUUAUUGAAGAGUUUGACAUUGGUUUAGGAGAUAACCAGGUUCGAGUUGGUGUUGAAAUAUUUAGUAACUAUACUCAGAUGGUAACUCUCAGAAGAAAGAAGCAACCCUAG